AUGAAAUUAAAUAAAAACUUGUCAGGUGUUUUUGUUUGUUUAAAAUUUUUUACACCUUUCGGUCCGAACGAUCGAACAGACACCGACAUAAAAGCCAUUAUUGAUAGAUUAAGACGAAUCGAAUCGUUUAGCAGACUUUCGAAUCAGGUUUUGCAACAGUUAGCAGCCUGCGGAUUUUACGAAGAUCUCGAAAAAGGUGUUACACAUGUUGGUUCAACAUUUGGAGAAAACAUAUUAGACGAACAUCCGAGACACGCAACCGUUGCAACACAAACAACUUGCGAAUUAUUUCGCAUUAAAAAUCAAGAUUUCAAAUUGGUAUGGGAAAGAAAAGAAAAGAAACAAAAUGGAGAAUCGUAA